AUGCGUAAAGAAUAUACACCAAGUCGACAGGAAAAGCUGCGCUCGUUCACUGUAAUGUGUCUCAUCUUCAAUCGCAGUAUCGGCUCUGGUAUAUUCGUUACCCCCGCGAAAAUUCUUAGAGCGACUCAAAGCGUUGGCAUUAACAUUAUCUUUUGGGCCGUUGGAGGUUUCAUUACUAUAUGUGGAAUACUCGUAUGGCUAGAGUUCGGACUUUCAAUUCCUCGGGAACAUGUGGAUGGUAAAGAUCGCGCUGUUCCCCGUAGCGGUGGGGAAAAGAACUAUCUAGAAUGGGUUCUUAGGAAACCGAAAUUUCUGGCGACUUGCAUGUACGGUAUCGCCUUCGUCAUCCUUGGUAACCUCUCUGGGAACGCCGUUGCCUUUGGAAGAUACGUCCUGUUGGCAGCUGGGCAUGAAGACCCAGGGAAAGGACCGGUCAUUGGCAUUGCUAUCGGCGCCUUGACAGUUGUAGCACUUCUCCAUGCAAUAUCCAGAAGAGGCGGUAUCGUGGUGAACAACUGCUUUGCCGUUCUCAAGAUUGGCAUCCUUUUGACCAUCAUCAUCCUCGGAUUCACCGUGCAAGGCGGUAAAAACUUCAACUCAGAAGGAGCCAGGUCACAUGGCUCCACCUUCAAGCCAGGAGACACCUUUUCCGAUCCAAGUCGGGCAUUAGCCAGUUACACUACCACGUUUCUGUACGUCUUGUACACCUACUCAGGGUUUGAGCAGCCAUUCUACGUACUCAGCGAAGUGCACAGGCCGAGGAAAUACUUCGCCCGAGCUGUCGUCUCUGCCUUGGCCAUACUUACGCUGCUCUUUGUCCUGGUCAACAUCGCCUAUAUGUGCGUGAUUCCCCUUGACUUCAUUCUGGAUCCGAAAAACGCAAGCACGGAUAUCACAAGCAUGUUCUUUGAGUUGGUAUUUGGCAACGAUACUGCCAAGCGCAUCAUGCAGGCCUUGGUUGCGUUCUCGAUUCUGGGGAACUUAAUUGUGAUGACUUUUACCGCGACCCGUGUCAAGCAAGAGAUCGCAAAGGAAGGUAUACUCCCGAAGAGUCUCUGGUUAGCCACCUCAAGGACAACACCAACCGCGAAAUUACUCAACAGGAUCACCAAGAACGAAGUAAAUGGUGGUGGGGCCACUGACGGUGACGAGCAUCUGGAACAGUCGCCAAUGGCUGCCCUUGGUUUGCAUUGGGUAUCUUCUGUUUUUCUACUUGCAGUAACAUCGGCAUUGAAAGUGGACGAUUCAUACAACUUUCUGGUCUCCUUGUACGCCUAUGUUCUUAUCUCUCUCAUGGGAUUCUGCACCAGUCUCGGGCUCCUAUAUUCUAAAUACAUUCGAAAGGAUUUCCUAUCGCAACAGCCUCCAUUGGGUGGUCCGGCAGCGGCCAUGAUCUACUGGUAA